CUUCUUUCAACUGCAGCGAGCUUUCCACAAUUUUCUUCACGCCAACGUAAUUAAGAAACUACUUCUGCAAAAUCAAAUCCGAUCGAUCCAUCAAUCCAUUCGAAUUCCUACUCACUGCGCCAUUUCCGAGGUUGAUAGCGGGCGUUUCGUUGUGGACCUCUUAGCGAUUCUAUAAUGGUUCCGAAGGGUUUGAUUUAUAGCUUCGUUGCCAAAGGGACUGUCGUGCUAGCAGAGCACACUCCUUACUCUGGAAACUUCAGCACAAUUGCAGUUCAGUGCUUGCAAAAGCUUCCUUCUAAUAGCAGCAAGUACACGUACUCAUGUGAUGGCCACACUUUCAAUUUCCUUCUCGAUAGUGGAUUUGUGUUCCUAGUUGUUGCAGAUGAAUCAAUGGGAAGAAGCAUACCUUUUGUAUUUUUGGAGAGAGUGAAGGAUGAUUUCAAGCAGCGCUAUGGUUCUAGCUUCAAGAGUGAUGAUCCACACCCUUUAGCGGAUGAUGAAGAUGAAGAUGACCUGUUGUUUGAGGAUCGGUUUAGCAUUGCAUACAAUCUUGAUCGAGAAUUUGGACCAAAGCUCAAGGAACACAUGCAAUAUUGUAUGAAUCAUCCAGAGGAAAUGAACAAGCUGUCCAAACUGAAGGCUCAAAUAACAGAGGUUAAAGGGAUAAUGAUGGACAACAUUGAGAAGGUUUUGGAUCGUGGUGAGAAAAUUGAAUUACUGGUGGACAAGACAGAUAACCUCCAGUUCCAGGCUGACAGUUUCCAAAGGCAAGGCAGGCAGUUGCGUAGGCAAAUGUGGAUGCAAAAUCUCCGCAUGAAGCUGAUGAUUGCAGGGGUGGUUCUUGUUCUUCUCUGCCUUCUCUGGCUUAUGUUUCGUUGAGAUAUGAAAAACUUGGUACUGAAACACGUCACUUUUGUUUCUGGGUUUUUCUCAUCUUAAUGUACAAAAACCAUCAGUUUAUCACUAUGUAUAUCUUCUGUUUGCUACACACUCCCGUUUGGUCAAUUGUAAUUUACGGUGGAGUCUAUCAUUGUUAUUUUGGCAAA